AUGGCGCACUGUGCAAGCUGUCAUUCUCAACUUGAUGCCCGGCUUCCACAUAAAAAGCUAGCAGCUGUGGUGGACUUCGGUAACCCCAGCCUGCUGACACGAAUGGGGGAAGGGGUGCAGAGACAGGAGAGUGUCCCUGAAUCUUGCGGCAACGGCAGCAGUGCAAGAAAAGAGAGAUAUGUGCUUCGGUUCGCCACCGUGCUCGUUGCUAUUUUCCUGGACGCGGAUGUCCGGCUAAUGUUGGGAGCAAUGUUCAUGGCGCUGCUUCUUUCGAAAUUUCCCUUGGACCUAAGUCAAUGUGGCAUACCUCACUGCAAGUGUUCCGCUGUCUUCUUUACUGUGCUGAUGGCUCCUGGAUCGUCCCAGUAUUCUCUGUCAUCUGUCAUAGAAAACAGAUUCUCUGACCGAGGGAAAGAGCGGAGCCACAGCAAGGAGAGAGGGACCUACAGAAACACGGAAAUGCAGUGGGUGGCCCUAUUCGUUCAUGGAGAACUGCAAAUAGAGAUGAAAGAACAGCACCAGGAGGAUCCAGCAGCAGUGCAACACAUCAGAAGAUACAAACGGGAGUGGGUGAAAUUUGCCAAGCCCUGCAGAGAAAGAGAAGAUAACUCAAAAAGAAACCCAAUUGCCAAGAUCACUUCAGAUUUCCAAGCAUCCCAGAGAAUUACCUACCGCAUCUCUGGGGUAGGAAUUGAUCAGCCCCCUUUCGGAAUCUUCGUGGUCGACCCAAACACUGGUGAUAUUAACAUAACAGCUAUAGUGGAUCGUGAGGAAACCCCAAGCUUCCUGAUCACAUGUCGAGCUCUAAAUGCCUUGGGACAAGAUGUAGAGAGACCACUUAUGCUAACAGUCAAAAUUUUAGAUGUCAAUGAUAAUUCUCCAGUAUUUUCACAAAGCAUAUUCCAGGGUGAAAUUGAAGAAAACAGUGCCUCAAACUCACUGGUAAUGAUACUGAAUGCCACAGAUGCAGACGAGCCAAACCAUCUGAACUCUAAAAUUGCCUUCAAAAUUGUCUCUCAGGAACCUGCAGGCAUGCCCAUGUUCCUCAUAGGCAGAAACACUGGGGAAGUCCGAACUUUGACCAAUUCUCUUGAUCGAGAGCAAAUUAGCAGCUACCAUCUGGUUGUGAGUGGUGCUGACAAAGAUGGAGAAGGACUAUCAACUCAGUGUGAAUGCAGCAUUAAAGUAAAAGAUGUCAACGAUAACUUCCCGGUGCUUAGCGACUCUCAGUAUUCAGCACGUAUUGAGGAAAAUACUUUAAAUUCUGAAGUACUCCGAUUUCAAGUGACAGACUGGGAUGAAGAACACACAGACAACUGGUUGGCUGUGUACUACUUUACCUCUGGAAAUGAAGGAAAUUGGUUUGAAAUUGAAACAGACCCCAGAACCAAUGAAGGCAUCCUAAAAGUGGUUAAGCCCCUAGAUUAUGAACAAGUGCAAACCAUGCAGUUUAGCAUCGCUGUCAGAAACAAAGCUGAAUUUCACCAGUCAGUCAUCUCCCAGUAUCGAGUGCAGUCAACUCCAGUCACCAUUCAGAUAACCAAUGUAAGAGAAGGCAUUUCAUUCCAUCCUACUUCCAAGACAUUUACUGUGAAAAAAGACUUAAGUACUAAAAAAUUGAUUGGUUAUAUUCUGGGAACAUAUCAAGCCAUUGAUGAAGACACUAGGAAAGCUGCCUCAUCUGUCAGAUAUGUCAUGGGUCGUAAUGAUGGUGGUUUUCUAACUGUUGAUCCAAAAACUGCUCAAAUCAAAUUUGUCAAAAACAUCGACAGAGAUUCUACUUUCAUAGUUAAUAAGACAAUAACAGCUGAGGUUCUAGCCAUAGAUGAAAACACGGGAAAGACUUCUACAGGCACGGUAUACGUUGAAGUCCCCAGUUUUAAUGAAAACUGUCCGUCAGUUGUCUUGGAGAAAAAUGAGAUCUGCAGCUCAUCACCUUCUGUGGUGGUCUCGGUGAGGACCCUGGACAAAGCUAAAUACGCUGGCCCCUACACACUGUCGCUGGAGGAGCAGCCGCUCAAGCUGCCCGCCGUGUGGACGAUCACAACACUCAAUGCUACUUCAGCCCUCCUGCGAGCCCAGCAGCAGACCUCCCCCGGAGAGUACGACAUCUCUGUCAUCGUCAAGGACCAUCUGGGGGGCCAGUGCGAGACGCCAGAGAGCUUGGCUCUGACGCUGUGUCAGUGUGACGACAGGAGCGUCUGCAGAACGUCCAACCCAAGCAGAGACCCUCUGAUCACACGUGGGGAGUCGUCGGGGAGGCUAGGACCUGCUGCCAUCGGCCUGAUCCUGCUGGGGCUUUUGCUGCUGCUCUUGGCCCCCCUUCUACUGUUGACUUGUGACUGUGGGACAGGUCCCAUUGGGGGAGUGACAGGUGGAUUUAUCCCUGUCCCUGAUGGUUCUGAGGGGACAAUUCAUCCGUGGGGAAUUGAAGGUGCCCAGCCUGAAGACAAGGAAAUGACAAAUAUUUGUGUACCACCUAUAACAGCCAAUGGAGCAGAUUUCAUGGAAAGUUCUGAAGUUUGUGCACACACAUAUACUGGAGGGACAAUGGCGGAAGGGACAUCGGGAAUGGAAAUGACCACCAAGCUGGAAGCCGCUGCUGGGUCGGGAGCUGCCGCCUCUGGACUUGGCUUCAGUUCCUUGGGGCAGACAGGAACCAUGAGAACAAGGCAUUCCACUGGCGGGACCUUGAAGGACUAUGCUGUCGGGACAGUGAACAUGAACUUCCUGGAUUCCUACUUUUCUCAGAAAGCGUUUGCCUGUGCAGAGGAGGAGGACGAGCGGGAAGUGAGCGACUGCUUGCUGAUCUACGACAACGAAGGCCUGGACGAUGCCCCCGGCUCUCCAGUGGGCUCUCUCAGUUCUUGCAGCUUUAUGGCCGAGGACCUGGAUGACAGUUUCUUGGACUCGCUUGGCCCCAAAUUUAAAAAGCUUGCCGAGAUAAGUCUCGGUAUCGAUGAAGAAACCAGGCAAGCCCAGCGGGCCCCUAAAGACGCCCGCGGCCGCACCCCCGAAGCCCAGCAGCUGGCACGCACGGUGUCUGCUGGCCAGGGAGCCGCCGCCCUGUCCACCGCCGCCGGGUCGGUCCACCCUGCCGUUGCCAUCCCUGACCCUCUGCAGCACGGGAACUACGUGGUGACCGAGACUUACUCUGCUUCCGGCUCGUUCGUGCAGCCCGUCUCGGGAGCCCUCGACCCGCACCUCGCUCAAAACGUCGUGGUGACCGAAAGGGUGGUGUGCCCCCGCGCCAGCCUCGCUGCCAACCUAGCUGUGCCCGCAGAGCUGCGGGAGCCGUGCGGUGGGCUGUACCCGGCAGGGCCCUGUUCCCAUCUGUGA